ACAAGUAAUUAAUAUUUAUUUAUUUUCUUUCCAUUUAAUAAUGUCAGUUUAAAAAUCCACCAGAGGUCAGUGCCGUCGUAUUUAACAAUAAAUACAUGUGUAUUAUUGCUGAGUGGUAUUUGAUCCGGGGAAAAUACGUCCAAGGAAACUUGAAUCUUAACCCUUGUGCUUGGAAAAAAAAUACACACACACACAAGUAAUUAGUGUUAUAUCAGUUAAUUAAUAUUGAGAGUAUAUUAUUGGCAAGUGUGUUAAUUAAUCCAAGAUUAAUAUAAGUUAAUUAUUUGAGUGCUGAGGCGUAUCCAAACGACCUUGAUAACCACGCGAUAUCAAAAAAAAAUAAUUUAGUUUAUUCGUUAGAACGCAACGCAUUAGUUACAGUCGAUGUAAUCAGUCAUUAUUAUUUACUUAUUAAAUAUUUAAUAUAAAUAAUAUGGCUGGAAUAUUUGACAUAGAGCUACACGAUGGUGACAAUGUAGAUCAGGAUGAGUCUGAUGAUGAUAUUAUUGAAGCAGCAGAGAGUGAUUACAAUACGCAUCCUGAUGUAAAUGAAAUAUUGGAGUCUGAAGAUGUAGAGAGAGUUCAACUAUCAGAGCAGACGGUAAAUCCUGGGGAUGAAAAAGUCGGGCCAAAGGAUUUCGAAUUGUGUAAAAUUUUGGGCGAAGGCGGCUAUGGAAAAGUAUUUCAAGUACGGAAAGUAAGCGGUAAAGACAAAGGAAGUAUUUUUGCAAUGAAAGUUUUGUGCAAAGCAUCAAUUAUUCGUAAUCAAAAAGACACAGCUCACACCAAAGCCGAGAGAAAUAUUCUUGAGGCAGUCAAACAUCCGUUCAUCGUUAAUUUAAUUUACGCAUUUCAAACUGGCGGCAAACUUUAUUUGAUUCUCGAGUAUCUGUGUGGUGGGGAACUAUUCACUUAUUUAGAUCGCGAAGGAAUAUUCCUUGAAGACACAGCAUGCUUUUAUUUAUCUGAAAUAAUACUUGCGCUCCAGCAUCUCCAUAAACUUGGAAUUAUUUACCGUGAUUUGAAACCUGAAAAUAUCCUUCUGGACCGCGAAGGCCACGUCAAGCUGACGGACUUCGGUUUAUGUAAAGAGCACAUCCAGGAAGGGACUGUGACUCAUACAUUUUGCGGUACGAUUGAGUAUAUGGCACCGGAAAUACUGACAAGAAGUGGUCACGGUAAAGCUGUUGACUGGUGGAGUCUUGGUGCUCUGAUGUACGAUAUGUUAACCGGCAUGCCGCCAUUUACUGCCGACGAUCGUAAAAAAACAAUCGAAAAAAUACUUAAAGGCAAGCUGGCGUUGCCGCAGUAUUUAACCCCAGAUGCCCGCGAUUUGAUAAGAAAGCUAUUGAAGAGACAAGUGGCUCAGAGGCUGGGAUCAGGACCCGAAGAUGCUGAGCAGAUAAUGAACCACAACUUUUUCAAGCAUAUCAGUUGGCAGGAUGUAAUUUCUCGUAAACUGGAGCCGCCAUUCAAACCGUCGCUCAAGAGCGCUGAUGAUACCUCGCAGUUUGACGAGCAAUUCACGGCGACAGUACCAGUUGAUUCACCUGUUGAAAGUACUCUCAGUGAGUCAGCGAACAUGAUAUUCCAGGGAUUUACUUAUGUCGCUCCGAGUGUACUUGAGGGCCUGUACAGCCAAUCAAAGAGUUCUCGUAGCCCGCGACACUACUUGAGUUCCAGUCACAGGAGAAGUUACUCUCCAACAGAUAACCGAUCGAGUAGCUAUCAAAUGCAGUCCAGGUUCACGCGCGGACGAAACAGUCUAGAAGAUUCAGAGAUGAUGGAUGUGGCGCAGCUUUCAGAGCAUUUAUAGUUCGCUCAAGAAAGUACCAGCAAAGAUGCGUCUUGAGAAAUGCGCAAAUCAUAUAUACAGAUAUAUAUACAUAUAUAUUUUCUUUUUUUUAGCUGAGCCAACGAAUAUUCGAGAAGAGAUAAUGAAGAUCUCGGGCGCACUCACUGCCGCGCGAUUGCUUGUCAGUUUAGCAUCUGAUAUCUUCAGUUUAUUCAUGAUAUUUAAAGAUUUGAAAUGAAAAAUUCAUUUUUUUUUUCUUUUAAUAGUCGUCAUUAGUUUGAAAUUUGAAAUAACAGCGGGAAAUAUUUUUCAGUGAGGAGUAAAAUAUAAACUUUUGACUUUGUCUUUAAUCCAAAGGUUCUUUCGUCGAUAAUUAAAUCGUAUAGAUAAAAGUUUUUAAAUGCAAGUUUGUAAAAUAGUUUAGUCUAAUUAUUUCUUCAGUCAAAAGAUAUUUUAUUCCUCAGUUAAUUAGUUUUAGUACAACGAUAAUUUUUAUUUAUUUAAAUAAAAAUUUCAGUAUAUUCAAAUUUUUUUCCAUGUGCGGAAUAUAAUUGUGUAGUUUUUUUUUCGUUUGUCAUGUAUAUAAAAAAAAAACAGAGGAGAAUUGACUGUGCAAUUAGAACGAGCUUGCGAAAUAAUUGUUGCUAUUUUUUUUGUCGUUAAUUUUUUUGUUUCUGUAAAUUAUUUAAAUAAUUUUAUUGUUGAAAUUUUUUCAGGUACUGUCGUAUUAAAAAAUAACUAAAUAUAAAAAGCGCAAUUACAAAACUGCCCAAGUGUUCACCGCAAAUACCAAUAGAUAAAUAUAUAUCUUUUUCAUAUAGAUUCAGAUAAUAAUUGUUGAUAAAUUAUUUAAAUAAUGCCGAUAAUUUUAGACAUAGAAUUAAUUAAACACAUAGAAUAUUAAAUUAUAAUUGCAACUCCUCUAAAAAAAAUAUAUAACGAUUUAUAUUAGAUAAUUGUUAAUCUACAGAAAAAAAUUUUCUUGAGGCAAAAAAUUUUUUCUCGGCCCGAGGGUGAAUGCAACAGACAAAUUUAAAAUUAUAAAUAAAUAGAGUAAAUAAUUUAAAAAAAAUCUUUACCAAAAAGGCACAUUAAUUUUGGAAUUUUUUAAAUGCGCAUUUUUUUAAAAUUUUAUUUUAUUAAUUAUUUACUCUAUUAAUUUUAAAUUUCUCCCAAGAAAAAUUUUUUUUUCUGUGUAUUAUUUAAAACAGGUAAAGAUUAAAUAUUUUUUUUCUACGUAAUCGUGUGUAAAAUCCGUGCCUGCAACGAUUUAUUAUUGUAAUAAUAUAUUAUCUUAUCGAUAUAUCACUUAAUCGAAAAAAAAGUAAUUAAUUAACAUAUGUAAUUUAUAAUUACAUAAAUCAGCGUAUUAGAUUUUUUUUACGUCUCAUUCACGUAUCAAAUUGCGCAUGAAAAAUAACUACGUACUA